CCGGGAAAGCUCAGUUUGUGCAUGAGGAGUGAGAUCUCUGAAGUCGUUGAAGUGUAAGGUAAAAUAUGGAGAAAAUCACAGAGAAGCUUCUACUGGAGAAAUGCUCUCCAAAGACCAACAAGCUGGAGCAAAUCAAGACACUGAACCUAUCCAAGAUGGCUCUGAAGCAUCAGGAUUUGUCCACCAAGUUGCUGUCCCGUCUUCAGUCCCUGGAGCGUUUGGAUCUGUCUGGAAACCGGCUGCAGGAGUUACCAAAGAACCUGAAGCUGCCCGCGCUCCGCUACCUGGACCUCAGCGACAACCAGAUGGAGGACGUAACAACCCUGGAGUCUGUGGGUGGUGUUGAGGAGCUCAAGAUGGAGGACAACCUUUACAUCACUGUCAGUGAUAACUACAAGAUGAUGGUGUUGUUGCCCAAGUUGAGGAUUUUCAACAGUAAAGAUGUCACAACCACUGCCAACCACAUCCGCUUCGUCUACAGCGAGAACCUGAGGACCAGGAUUGUUGCAGUUUGGGAGAAGAGCUUCAGCCUCCCUGAUCCCAUCACAGCAGAGAGCAUGUCUGCGUUGGAGACAAAGUUUGUCAACGUGGCCCGUCAGCAGGUUAAAUAUGGACCCAAUUCAGUCAGCGACUUCACCAAAUGGAGGGUGGAGAUUUUGGCCAAGGAGUAUCUGCUCUCUCUGACGGAACCAAAAGAUGAAGCCGAGGGGGAGGAGUCUAACAAAACUCAAGAGAACUGUUAUGUCUCAACACCUACCAAGAGGAGACAAACAGAUUCAGAGACAGAGGACAACAUCACACCUGGUAAGAGACCAUGUGCAGAUCUCCCAGCCUCCCCAGCUCCAGGCAGUGCUCAGAAGUCCAGGGGCCGCCCCAGACUUCAGGCGCUCCCAGCCUCCGCAGCUCAUCAAGGCAGUGCUCAGAAGUCCAGGGGCCGCCCCAGACUUCAGGCGCUCCCAGCCUCCCCAGCUCCAGGCGGUGCUCAGAAGUCCAGGGGCCGCCCCAGACUUCAGGAACUAACACAGACUGUGAGGAUGAGCCCUCGCAAAGUGGCUCAGCCUCCUUCUACCCCCACCAGAGGACAGAGGGGAUCAAAGUCUCCCAGAAGAGGCUCCAACGUGGGACAAAGUGAAGAGGAUCUGCAAAAAAGAGUUUAAAGCCAAAGCGCUGUUGUGUCUUUGUCUAUGUAUCCUUCAUAACAGCCGGUGCACCUGAAGCCUCUCCACGUCCUCCAGUGUCACAGUAAACAGGACAACUCUGAGGAUUUCUCCACCCAGCUGUGGGCCUGUGCUUUCCAGCCGCUGCCAGAUUCAACAGGGGCUGGGGGAAGCCGUCUGGUUGCUACUUGUGGAGGAGACUCUCUCUGUGUGAUCGACUGUGAGACGGGGAUGGUGAUGAAGAAGUACAAAGUCCCUGGCGAGGAGUUCUUCUCUCUGGCCUGGUCCACAGUGUUGAUGUCCAGAGGGGGCGGGGCCUCGGCUCAGCACUGCAGCAUUCUGGCGGCCGGUGGUAAGAGAGGCCUGGUCAAACUGAUCCACCCCAGGAACAACGUGGCCUACGGGGAGUUCAGGGCGAGCCGCAAAGCUCUGUCCGUCCUUCGUUUCAACCACCACCAGGGAAACUUCCUGUUCACGGGAUCAUACGAUAACAAGAUAGUGAUGUGGGACAUCGGUGGAGUGGACGGCCAGUACAACUUCAAAGUAAAUCAGCUUCUGAUGUUAGAGGUCAGUGCCACCCCUCUGCACAUCUGCCUGCCCCCGAAAUCCCCAAACGUACACCUGCUGACGGCCUGUGAGGACGGCCUGCACUUCUACAACACGCAGCUGGGCACCACCAACAGCUCAAAGAGCAGGUCAAAAGAAAUGGAGGUAACGUUCCCGAUCUAUAAGAAGGAGGACAAAGACAAUGACUACCACACCAUCGAUGGCCUCAGUUUUCUCACUGAUGACAUAGUUGCCUCCAAGAACUACAUGCAUGGCUCCAUCUACCUGUGGAGCUGGAGCAGGACGAAGGCUCAGCGCCCCGAUAAGAAGAACAACGAGGUGUGUGCCGUGGUGUUGGCCGAGCUGCAGUGGGCCAGCACGGAGAUCCCGUACCUGGCUCUCAACACUUGUCCUGGCCAGGCCUACAUCGUGUGUGGAGAUGACAAGGGCAGGCUGUGGACCUACCACGUCACCGACCUGCAGAAAAACACUUUCCAGGCUGGAAAACCCGUCCUGCCUACUGAGGUGUUGGAGUGGCCGGCCCCGAUGAGGACGGGCCUCGGCCAGGUGGAGGGCCCCUCCAUCAACAGCGUAGCUAUGGACCCGGAGCUCAACUUCCUGGUGGCUCUUAGCGACAAGAACAUGGUGAUCGUGUGGAAGAGAGACGAGUCACCAUGAGCAACGUGAAGGACUGAGAGACUGCAGCUCAUAAGCAGACGACUUGAAGAUCUGCUGGUUUCAUGUAAACCUUCAUCUUUUUGUACUCUGGAAAGACGAGUUUACCAAGUUUUUUUAGGUUAAAUAGACUGUUGAAGGCUCAAUGAAGUAACCUGAUUCUAAUCCCCUGUAAAGGGGAAAUUAACCUUUAUGUGCUCUCUGUCAGAGCAUGAACAUAAACUCUCAGGUUCACAGAAGAUUAGAGAUGUAGGCAAAGAUGCUGCUUGUGUAAAGUAGCAUAGCCAAGGUGAUGAAAUGUUCACUUUGUGCCACAGAAUUAUUUGAAUUAGUUCUGUUUUAUGUGUCAACAUUUCAAAAACUUAAUUUAAGUCUACUUUAAAAACAAUUGUGCAACAUGGGCAGCAUAAAGAGCUAUAGGUUGACCUCAGGUCUUUUUGGAUUUUGUUGUUUAAUUUGAUCGAUUUUCCAUUUUAAAUUUACUUCUUCUUGGCUUAAAUAAAAAUGCUGCUUUUAAAUAUUUGUCCAGAAACACAACUCCAAAAUAAUUUGUUGCUAGGCUACUGUAAAAAGUAAUUCAUAUCAGGAUUCUGUUUUCAUCUUUUCAAGAAGAUUCCCAAGAAGAGAAGCAAAAAAAACAAAAUCAGUGCCGGUUUAAUCGUGAACACAAUUCAACGUUUCAUUGGGUCUCUCAUGCACUGUGAUAUGUAUAAUGUUUUUUUGUACAUAUUUUUAUUGUACAUAUUUUUUAUGAAUAACUGAAUGUACACAGACCUUGUCUACUUUUUUUUAGGCCAAUGUUUUGACCUCUGUGAACUUUUAAAUGUUAUAACAAUAAGGAGUGCAAACUCUCCUCUCUGUUAUUACUGCUGUGAGGCAUGAAGAGUAGAAAUGCAGCCUUACAAAAACAACUCUUCAUGUUAUGUAAAGUUGUACAAACAUCUUGUUUAAUAAAAAAAAAAAGUCUCAGCACAUA